GGCUUUGAGGGCCCCAAUGGAGAUGAAUGCUCCCCUGAAAACUGGAAGUAUGAUCGAUACUUUAGUCCGGGCCAGUGUCCGUCUGGGUAUAAGGCUUGCACGCUGCCCACCGAGACGCAGAGGCUUGUGACGACGGAGAUAUGCUGUCCGAGUGGCUUUGACUGCGUGGGCCAAGACCUAUGCUCCAAAACAUUCAGCACCCCAACCCACGUCACCUACACAGAUUCAAGCGUCUCCACUGAAAAUACUCAAAGAAUCUUGGGCAUCAAAGCCACGCCCAUCCAAAUUCGUUUCGAGGCAAGUGACUCGACAGCCGUGCCUAUUCCGACCGAAUCGUUCAAAUUACCAGAGUAUACCCCGCCGAAGAAGGAGCUCAGUAAGAGAGAGAAAGCCGCUAUUGUAGCUGGAUCGAUUGCCAGCACUGUAUUGCUUUCCUUGGGGGCCUACUUUGGAUGGAAGCAUUGGAAACAGAGGAAGUAUAAUAGUGUCAGCCCGAGUUUUCCACUAGAUGAUGACCCACCGCCGCCUUAUACGAAGUAA